UGAAACAAGCUCAUGAAUUACUGACUAUGGCUAAGGAACUUGAGCAAUUCAAGUGUCCACUACUCGACAAGUUUGUCGCCGGGGGCAUCAUCGCCAAGCUUCCUCCCUCGUGGAGGAACUUUGCUACUUCACUAAAACACAAGAGACAAGAAAUCUCUAUGGAGAACCUGAUUGGGACUCUUGAUGUUGAGGAGAAGGCGAGAGCAAAAGAUGCUGGCCCCAAAUGCAACACACAAGAGGGUACAUCCACUACCAACAUGGUUCAAAGGAACAACCACAACAACAGUAACAACAAGGAAAAGGAAAAAGCAUUCAACAAUGCUGGUCCAAAGAACACUACCACUUUCAAGAAGAAGAAGAAAGGAGGCAACAAAAACAAGGAUCCUUGCUUUGUGUGCGGAGGACUUGGCCAUUGGGCGAGUAACUGCAAGGAGCGCAAAGGGGGACAGAUUCGGAAAAAGUUUGCUAAUUUGACCAUUGGCAACAAUGAAGAUGCAGGCAGGCCAUCAACUCCUCAGUGACGAUGGGGAACGGCGCCCAUGCUUCUGUUCAUGGUGUUGGCACGGUGGAUCUGAAGUUUACUUCGGGAAAGAUCGUGCAGCUGAGGAACGUGCAGCAUGUGCCCUCCAUUCAGAAGAAUCUUGUUA